AUGAGCUCAACAAAUUUCGCCGCUGCACAGGAGCGGGUUCUCGAGCGCAGGCGCCUUCGUGAGGCGGAAGCGCGAGCCCGACAUGCGGAACAGCAACGGGCGUCUCCGAUUAACCCGGCCACCGUCCAGCGUCUUCCAUACCCAUUGAACCGUGUCCCCGGCGCUGGAUGGGCGCUAUGGAAUUCGAUCAAGGGCCGUGAUGGGACGCGCCCAGCGUUUCGAGUCGGUCAGGUCGAUGCCGAGUUAUUGGACGAGGAGCUGCUCGGCCUGAUGAAGAACCAGGUUGGCGAUGCUCUUAAAUACUUCGGGCCUCAAAUGCGGGAGGACUGGUCACAUGAAAUUUUAUUCGCGCUACGAGCGAUCCUUUUCAAGCUCUCGAUUUGGGAUCACAAUGCGUCAUAUGGAGCGGCCUUGCAGGGCCUCCGAUAUACCGAUAGCCGAAGCCAAGGCCCCGUUCAUUCUCCGCCUACCAAAUUGCAGAAGACCAUGUACGGAUUGCUGACGGUCGGCGGGCGAUAUGCGUGGGACAAAUGGGAGAGCUGGUUGGUUGGACAGGAGGGUGGUUAUGAAGAGCCAUCACAGGAAGUUCGGAUGUUCUCGCGCAUUACAGACCUCGUUUCCACGACACAUUCGAUCGCAGCCUUCGUUUCCUUCCUUGUCUUCCUUGUGAACGGUCGCUAUCGAACUCUCGUCGAUCGAAUCCUCCGCAUCCGCCUCACGCCACCAUCAGCUCAGGCUAGCCGGGAAGUUUCAUUUGAAUAUCUAAACCGACAGCUGGUCUGGCACGCUUUUACCGAGUUCCUCCUGUUCCUCCUUCCUUUAGUUGGCAUUAGUCGGUGGAAGCGAUGGAUAUCACGCGCAUGGCGCAAGACCGUCACAGCGCUCAAGUCGAGCGGGGAUGACGAGGAGACGACUGAGAAACAAGGCGAGCUGGCCUUCCUCCCGGAGCGAACAUGUGCCAUCUGUUAUCGGGAUCAGAAUCCAGCUGCAACGACGGAGAGUGAUGUCCUUGCGGCCUCGGCGAGUGCAGGUGGAAUCUCAGGAUCUGCUCAGACCGAUAUCACCAACCCAUACGAGACCAUUCCUUGUGGCUGUAUCUACUGCUUCGUCUGUAUCGUACAGAAGCUGGAAGCGGAAGAAGGCCAGGGCUGGGUCUGUCUUCGGUGUGGUGAAAUUGUCAAAAAGUGCCAGCCAUGGAACGGCGAGGUCCUCGAAGAGGCGCGCUCGCAGCCAGGUACUGGCAAGAUUGUUGGGUUUGCCAUAGAUGAUGAGCCACACGGCGACUCCCAGGACACAGAAAAUGCCCAGGGACAAUCUGAUAACUCCAGUCCCUUGGAAGAAAUCACCGCCGACGAGACCUUGCAGCACUCCAGCCAAUGGUCUACGGACGAGAAGGAGGCAGAGGACGAGCCUACGAACGGAGCGAACGGCUUCGCCGACAACCAGGAGAAGUCAUGA